UUAAAACGCCGCGGAAGUUUGAAAAUAUGAAAACGCUUUUGCUUUCUCAUGAUGUCACCUUUAGAAAACAAGCAGAGCGUCGUUUUACAACCAAGAUAUCUAACAAUACCUCUGUAUCAUCAAGAUUAAGUAACUUUACGAAAUCACCAACAUGGUUUCAUGACUUGCCCUUGGAAGUGCUUUUAAAAAUUUUUAGUAACUUUUCUGAAAAAGAGCUACGAAAGAAUAUAAUUCCAGUUUGUCAGAAAUGGAGAUAUGCAGCCCUAAAACCACAACUUUGGAAGUGUUUCGAAGUAGUCGGGGGGAAAAUACCCUUAAAUCGUAUCUGUUACGAAAUCAAUCGAUUCCCUUACCUACAAAUCGUUGUACUUAAAAGCGUCCAUGAUCCCAAACAAAUUAUAAGACAAGUUUGUCGUUGCCUUUCAAAUCUUAAAGAACUUACCAUAAAAGAUUGCGAAGAAAUUCCAGAAAAGACUUUAAUAAACGUUUUAUAUAGUUGCAGAAAUUUAGAGAAACUCAAUUUGAGUGGAACUCCUUUCAGAGGAAAAAAAGUAUUCGAAGAUAUAUCGCUUCUUCCAAAUUUGAAAAGCUUAAAUUUGGCCAAAAACCCUUACAUUACCAUACAAAAGCUAACAACCUGCGUACUGAAUUGUACCGGUUUAGAAGAAUUCCGUUUAUCGAAAUGGGUUUCACUAGAUGAAAUUCUCAAAUUUGAUGACCAAGAUGUGUCCCCAAUAUUGUUGAAUUUAUCGUCAAGUUUAAGAUCUCUCACUUUGGAUUGCUCCAAUCUAACAACUAAUUCGUUUAAUAAAAUUUUUACUUGUAAUUGUUUAGAAAGACUAAGUCUUCAUAGGGCAAAGCAUCUGGAUGGUGAAAUGUUUGCUAAAUUACACAGAUAUUUCCCGGCAUUAACGGUACUUAAAGUAAAACAUGCAAGUCAAAUUUCUGACGCCAAUAUUGUACAACUUUUUACGGAAGGAGAAGAAAUAAUGGAAAACUUACAAACUUUAGAUUUGUCAGGUUGUUGGCAGCUUACAGAUAACGGCUUGAGAUGUAUCAUUAAUUGCUGCAAAAAUUUGAAUCGACUGUCCUUGCAAGGUUGCAAAAGACUUACCAGCGUUUCUCCAUUACUGGACAUAAAUUUAAAUUUCUUAAAUAUCGCUUUUAACGUUAAUAUGGACAUUGAGAAUGUCGAAAAUUUAAAAAUAAAAGAGUUGAUAAUAGACGAACAGCAGGAAAAACAAAUUUUCGAAAAAGUUACAGGAGUUAUUGUAUGGGUGUCCAGGUCUGAAUACCGAAAAUGUUUACGCAAAAUGAAUAUGUCCUUCGAAAAGUGAAUUCGUGCCUUGUAUAUAUGUAGUUAUUUUUGUAUAUUUUUAAACAUUUUAAUCGAUUAAAAAUAUACAUUUAUUCAUUCUUUCAU